ACAGACAAGAUGGCCGCCAGCUGUGAGCCUUGAUCGUUCUUACGCUCCUGUUAUCUUCUUGCAAUUUUCAUAUUUUAGAGGAGUGAGUGAAAGAAAUGGGUUUGUCUCAGAGUUCAGAGGUAGCUGAAGGAGGAACUUAUGGAUACCACGUACACGGAGUGCAGCCGGAUUCCCCUGCAGAGUCGGCCGGCUUGCAGCCCUUCUUUGACUUCAUUCUGUCUCUGGACAAUAGGAGACUUAAUGAGGAAAACGACCUGCUGAAGGAGCUCCUGAAGGCCAACAUGGAGAAAGCAGUGAAGAUGGAGGUGUACAGCACUAAAAGCAUGAUAGUCCGUGAGGUGGAGGUGGUGCCCAGCAGCAUGUGGGGAGGACAGGGGCUGCUGGGGGCCAGUGUACGCUUUUGCAGCUACCAAGGAGCCAGUGAGAAUGUGUGGCAUGUCCUGGAUGUGGAAGUUAGUUCACCUGCUGUACUGGCAGGGCUCCAGCCACACACUGACUACAUUGUUGGAGCGGAUCAAUUGUUGCAAGAUUCAGAAGACUUCUUUUCACUGAUUGAGGCCCAUGAAGGGAAACCCCUGAAGCUGCUGGUGUACAACAUACAAACGGAUGCCUGCAGAGAGGUGGUGGUCACACCGAAUGGAGCGUGGGGAGGAGAGGGCAGUUUGGGAUGUGGCAUUGGUUAUGGUUACCUGCACCGAAUCCCGGCAAAUCCAGACCUAUCAACUGCAAAGCCUCCUAUCCCUGUUCCUGAGGAGAAUCCCUCUCCAACACUGCCUGCACAUGGUUUCACAGAGGCACCUUUGAUGGCACCUUCAGGCCAGAGUGAAGAUGUGUUGGAUCUGGAGCAGGUCUUCCUGCAGGAAGCUGCUCUACCUCCUCCCAUCCAGACAGUCCCAGACCCUGAGUCUGAAGUGGCAGUGAUGAACCUUGACGCUGCAGAUGUGGUGGACAGGCUGGAUCUGUCUAUGUCAUCCAUAGACAUGACUGAAACGGCACUGACUAUGCAUGAGGAGAAGGACACUGACAUCUCUGGCAUUGAGGAGCUGGAGGACAGUGUACUGCUGUCAUCAUCAGCAGACGACCAGACUGAUUCACAAGAGCUGAGCUCGCAGGCAGUCAUGGAGCUCACGUCUGCUCUCGCUUCCACUGACAUUCUGUCUGAUUCAGGCAUCCCACCAGUGGAACCACAUCAGCCGGUCACAGAGUCCACUGAACCACAAAGCGUUCUCAUGGAGUCUAAUGAGAGCCCCAGUCCACCUAUGGGUGUGUUGUCUCUCCCUGUAGACACAAUCGAACCUCCCGUUAAGCCGUCUGUCCCCACCGAACACCCUCCCUCCCCACUUCCCGUUGAUCUCCUCCAAUCUCCCGCCGCUGAUGAGUCGACAGCAGAUGAUUCUCCUGCUCAGGCUGUCGAGGAUGCAGCGGAGGAGUCAGCGGAGGAGUCAGCGGAGGAGCCAGCGGAGGAGCCAGCGGAGGAGCCAGCGGAGGAGCCAGCGGAGGAGCCAGCGGAGGAGCCAGCGGAGGAGCCUGCAGAGCCUCUAGAUGUGGCUCUUGCUCAGCCGUGCAACCAUGGGCACGAUGAGGAGGAACCAGAAGAGACACCCGCUGAGUAAGCUUGUAUCAGGCUUUAACACAAAGUACAAAAAUGCAAAGUAAGCUGACAAUCACCUUUAUAAGAAACACUAGAGGGGGUAUUCAGGACAGACAAGGGGACGCUUCCCGAUUGUACACUGAUUAUCUGACAGGACUGUAAACCAUCAGGUUAGUAACACUACAGGAACCAGCUCCGGCAUUAACAUGUAAACAUAUACUUUGAAUCACUGUAGAAAUAUCCUGUUGUUUUUUUUAACAUGAGAGAAGUUUAAGUUACAGCUAAUUAUUUUAGCCAAAAAGGAUGUAAUGUUGUCAACUCUUUAGAUUUUACAUUGUGACAAGUUUUUUUUUCUUUUUCUGGGAGGCUAAUGUGAUGAAUACUUCCAAAGAUAAGCAUGUAAUAUAUGAAAAAACAUGUCAGGCAUCAACUACAUCAAAAGGUUUUAAAGUUUCAAUAUCCUUUAGUUUAGAUAAAUUGCAACUCUCAAGGUGCAGAGUUAUAUCUAUUCUUGGUGUGCUUUAAAGAAGCAUUAUCUAUUAAAUGAGUCUCAUAAUAGAGAUUUUAAAAACAGCAAAUUUUAAGAGGAACAUCGUCUGGUUUUAGAAUGUUCAGUCUGGGGAUGAGGGAAAUAUCUGUCCACUUAAUUUUGUUUAACCAGUUAGCACAAGCUUUUACAACAGAUCUGAUGUCAGUACAUUUUAUAUGCUUGUCUUUUAUUUUAUUUAAUCUUCCAGUCUGUGAUCAGUUUAAAAAACAUUUGAUGUUAUGUCCCCUGUUUUACUUUACACUAUUUUCACCUUGUAAUCUAUGCAACAGUACACAAGAACUGACUGUGACUACAAUGUGUUUUAUCAUGUAAAUUCAAUAGAUAAGUCUUUCGAGAUAUGUAAGAAGUCUGGUAACGUGAUAAUUCUGCUGUAGGGUAAUCGUUUUUUUCUAGGGAGAUACUUCAUGUUUUUCACUGUCAAAAUAGGUGCUAGUGUGUAAAAUAAGGGAAAGUAUUUUUGCAGAUAUUAUCAAUGGUUUGUCUGUUUUAUUAGGAAUGAGUGCAGAGUCUUUUGAUGAAUGUGAGAUGGGUGAAUCUUAAAAGGUUAAACAAUCAUAUCACUUUAAAAAAAAAAAAAGA